UAUAUGUAUGCAAGCUUAGUGCAUUAAUUAGGCUAAAUAGUGAGAAAAUGAGAGGAGUAUUUUUCUCAUUACUAGUUGUUGUAUUAAGCUUUUGUGUAGCAAAUGUGGAGGCAGCCAUCACGCUGCAACCGCCGGUGAAGCUCCGGUGGCAUUAUUACGAGCGGAACACUACAUGCCGUGACGCGGAGGAGUACGUAAGGCAUCAAGUAACGUUGUUUUGGAAUAAAGAUAAAACCAUUACUGCUAAACUCCUCCGGUUGCUCUACUCAGAUUGCUUUGUAACUGGGUGUGAUGCAUCAAUUCUUCUUGAUGGACCAAAUUCAGAAAGGACUGCACCACAAAAUUGGGGACUAGGUGGAUUUGUAAUCAUAGACAAGAUCAAAGAGGUUCUUGAACAACGGUGCCCUGGAGUCGUCUCUUGUGCUGACAUUCUCAACCUUGCUACCAGAGAUGCUGUUCAUUUGGCAGGUGCACCAUCUUAUCCUGUAUUCACAGGCAGAAAGGAUGGGAUGACAUCAAAAGCUGCAUCAGUAGACCUCCCAUCACCAUCCAUCUCAUUGACAGAUGCAUUGGCAUACUUCAAAUCUAGAGGCUUAGAUGAUCUAGAUUUCGUAACUCUCCUAGGGGCACACUCAAUGGGUAAAACACACUGUCGUUUUGUUGUGGACCGUUUGUACGAUUUCAAUAAUACAGGAAAGCCAGACCCAAACAUGGAACCAGCAUUUGCAAAAGAAUUGAGAAAGCAAUGUCCAAGAAGAACAAAAAAGGGCCAAACUGAUCCUCUGGGGUUUCUAAACCCUGAUUCUGGCUCUAACUACAAAUUUACAGAGUCCUUCUACAAGAGGGCAUUGUCCUACAAAUCUGUACUUGGAGUUGAUCAGCAGUUGCUAUUCAGUAACGACACACUACAGAUCACACAAGAAUUUGCUGCCAGUUUUGAAGACUUACGGAGGUCAUUUGCACUGUCAAUGAAUCGGAUGGGAAACAUCAAUGUUCUAACAGGAAAUGCAGGCGAGAUUCGCAAAAAUUGCCGGACCACAAAUAAGAAAUAAUCAAAUAACACCUAAGAUAUUAUCUUGAUAAGG